AUGCCUUCUGAAGCUCAUAUCCAGACAGCUUUGACGCUGAUCGAAAAUGAUGAAUCCAAGGUGUUGGGUCUCAAUGUAGGCCAGCACAAAGACGUACGGCCGGGGCAAUACAUACCCCGUGCAGGUGUGUAUCCUCAGGUGAUUCAGAAAGAGGGAGAAGUAGAUGCUGAUGUACUCAACGCAGAUGCCCAGUCACCCCCUGAGCUCUUCUUUACGGGUCUUGACUCAAGCAAGACUUAUCUGAUCGUGGCUCUUGAUAUCGAUGCACCAUUCCCGUCGUUCAAGAUUUUGGGCCCUAUUCUCCAUUGGAUUCAACCAGGUGUGAAAGUUGCAGAGUCUGGCAGUUUGGAUACCUCCGCUGCACCCUUUGUUGCAAAUUAUAUCGGGCCCGCGCCACCUCCCGGUAGUGCUCCGCACCGUUAUAUCUUCUUCUUGCUAGAAGAGCCUGCGAACUUUGAUGUGGCAGCCCAUGCUCCUCCCAAUGGUCAGAAAUUGAGCAAUUGGUAUCGCAUGCGCUAUGAUUUAGAUGCUUGGGCGAAGAAAGUGAACCUGGGCCCCAUUCUGGCGUUCAACUACUUCAUGAGCAACUAG